UUGCUCUGAUUCCGGCUCGAUCCCUUCUCCUUCCCUCUGACUCGAAUCCUCCCCCCUCAUUUAAAACCCUAGCUCGUCGGGAUCUCAUCGGAGCUCCAAAUGUACGCCGAUCUGGUGGCCGCAGGAAGGAAGAGGUCCAUCAAAGAUCGCCUCAAUGGUGUCUCGGCAGAGGAGCCCCGCCGGAUCACGUUUCCGAACGCCAAAAGGCAAUGCCAGAGCGAAGGAAUACUGAGAAAUGAUACCUUUAAGGAUAAUAGAUCUGCAGUUCCACCCAAAAUUGAUGCUGAAGACCUUCGGCAUAAGCUUCAAAGAAAAGGUUUGCAGCAGCAGACAGUUUCGGGGUCAUACCUUCCUGGGAAAUUGCCUGGAAGUGGAACUAUGCGCCAACAGUCCAUCACAAGUGAGAAAUUACCUGUGACUCUUCAUCAGCAGCUAAUCAAAUCUGAAAAGUUAGCUGGACCUUUGCGGCAACAUUCUGCAAGUAGCAAUUCGUUAAAAAAUAAGGCAGUAGCUGGACCUGCAUCAAAUGAAACUCUUGCUGUAACAGAAAAGGCUCCUGUUCUAGUUUUGUCGAACAAAAUCUCACUCAAAAAGCCUGAAGUUUCAGUUGACAGUUUCCUGCAGUCAUUAGGUUUAGAGAAAUAUGCAAUAGCAUUCAAAGUUGAAGAGAUUGAUAUGACAGCUCUUAAACACAUGACCGACAAGGAUUUAAAGACAAUAGGCCUUCCUAUGGGUCCUAGGAAAAAGAUACUAUUGGCUCUCAAAUCCAAAACCUAAGGUUGCUAGUAACAAUUUGGCGAUCCCAAUUGGAAUUAGAUCUUGUAAUCUUAUCAAGCCUCCAAAUCAUCCUCCUGGUUGCUCUAGCUGAACACAUUGAUAAUUUAUUCAGGACGAUUCAAUUGAAUUCCACCUUGACACAUUGCAAAUAUCCCUCUGCGGCAGCUCUUUGUCGAUGGAUCCUUACCAUUUAUGAAAUCAAAAACUUGUUUACAAGCAACGUGCUUAGACUUGUAACUUAACUAGGUAAGCUUUCAGUUGUAACUCACGAUUCAAGCAAGUUAGCAGUUUUCCUUGUCAGUGUUAGAUUUCUGUUGUUUUGUUGUUUUCGAAUAUGUAUGUAUGUUUUUUUAUCCCAAUUUUAGUGGGGCACAUAUAUAAAGGGUGCCUUAUUAACAUUGAUGUGGGAGGAUAAAACAAAUUAGUUCUUAA